GUAAUGAUGUAUAAACGGAUGUACACGUUAUGUGAAAUACAUGGAAAUACUGACGCAAACAGCCAAACAACGUUGAACUCAGAGGCUUUGGGGUCGGUAACCAUAUUUAAAUACAAAAAAGGAAGCGAUAAUUUAGCUCUUCACAAAUAUACCCAGCAAAGUUCGCAAUCAGCUCAAGACCCAGACGCAGUUGCUGGGCUGGCAGUCGACGGAGAAAAUACAACAGACUAUCAUGAAGCAAAUCCCGCCCCUGUAGGGACCUUUCACUGCUCGCAUACCGCUAUCGAUACCCCUGGACAAUGGUGGAUGGUGGAUCUUGGGGAUAUGUUCCUAGUGUCGUCCAUUUUGGUGUGGGGAAGAGAUGAUUGCUGUUGGGAUGAGAGGAUCAAAGGCCUCAAGGCUGCCGUUAGUGUAGGGGUGACGGGCAUGCAACCAUGUGGGAAACAAUUCCAAGGCCCAACCUCAGAAAACCCCUUCAACUUCACAUGCAAGCCUAGUUUAAUUGGAAGGUUUGUGAAAAUCUACAGGGAGGAUUCGAUGCCUAUUUCCCUUUGUGAAGUGGAAAUCUACAGCUAA